AUGGCUAUGGACGGCACGGUACAGCAGAUCACAGCCAGAGCAAACGGCCUCCAAGUUGGCGCAGGUUCUAGACCCAAGAAGAGGGGCAAUCGAGGCAAAUCGACCUGGAGACAGCCUAGAUUUGGUCGGUUAGGUCAGGUUCUUUCAUGUCUGUUUGUAUGGUUACAAGAACAAGGAGGCAAGUACAUGCAUGAAACACAAUCUGAGAGGACAUGGAUGGGAUCGAUACUGAAAGAAGUACAGCAACAGUACUCAAGACCUUCCCCUGUUGCAAACACAUCACUGAAGAGUCACCCGCUAGCCCUGAUCAGAAGGCGGUCGCAGUCAUGGCCUGGCGCCAUCAAGGCUAUUCCCAACUGCUUCUCGAAUGCAACAUAUCUAAAUGAGGGAAGGCUUGCGGUUCCGUUCCUGGUGCCCGCUCGCCCGCCGCCGGCUCUGCGCUGUGCUGUUUAUCGAGAUUGGAAAAGGUGA